UCAGCCAGGGAAAUGGUGCGAAAAUGGAAACUGUUUUGCCAAAUUUGCGCGUCAGUGCCACCCGACAUUUGCCCCUGUUGUUCAAGUUGUUGUUUACCUGUCUCACAGAAAGCGGAGUCGUCUGCUGAAUCGGAGAAUUUAAACCCUAAUGCUAGUCAGGUUGAGAAGAUAACAUACUGGAAGCACCGAUGGAAGACACUGCGCAUGGAAGACCAUCGAUUAUUACGUCUCGGUUUGAUUGAAAGUCUUGUAGAAGCCAUGCCUCAAUUUAUGAUCAACAUUUAUGUUAUGCUCAAGUUUGGAAACGUAGAAACAUUCCAAAUUGUGAACACGUCAGUUUCUUUUUUAUCCUUGGUAUGGGGUAUAGUUUUACAUCAGAAAUUAGUUAAAGAACACUUAUAUACUUCACAAACGGGUAAAUUGAAACCACCAAAUGGUUUAGGUUUUCGACAAAUGGCUGUAAUAUUUUUGUACAAAGCCCUCCUACUGGGUUCACGAUUUUUGGCUUUCGUUUACUUCAGUUGGGUAUAUCCACUCGUCAGUUUAGCUUUUAUAAUUCCCCAUUACUUAAUAAUAGUUACUUAUAUGAUUGCUAAACGUCACUGGGACGGUGUAUUACUGAAUAAAAAUGACAAAUGGAUAUUUGCUCAACGAAUGCUAAAAAUUCUUAUAAACAGUCUGCUAAACAUUUUCAUUUAUUAUCGCGAAACAGUCCCGCCAAAUGUUCCUUUAUAUGGAGAACAAAUAGCAUACUACAUACUUUAUACUGUUGAAAAUAUAAUGUUGAUUACACUUCCAAUGGGUAAAAACAUGCAUUUAACUGAUCCAAAUUAUGUGUACAUAGCAUCUGCUUGUGCUAUAGGUAUGUUGUUAGGUUACUGCAUAAUGAUAUUUUAUUAUGUUUGCGUUCACAAGUCGUCGGAGUACAUUCGAAGGAGCUACUGUUGUUGUUGUUACCCCGAGACUGAACAAAUACCCUGUUUAAACUACCACACCAGAGCGGUGAAACACAUUCACAAAGAUCUCAUUUCUCACGUGGGGCAGGAAGAAUUUGAAGAAAUAUCCAAACUUUGGCCGUCACAAAUAUCAGGUAUCAAAUAUCAAAGAUGCCUUCAAGACGGGAAAAGUGUUCUCCUUACUCCAGGAAAUAAAAUGGAGAUAUAUUAUGUUCCUAAUUCCUUUUUGGACACAGAAAAAUAGCUGCAAGAGCAACAAAAUGACCGACACCAAAGAAUAUGAAUGUUUUGUGAAUUUUAUUAUAUA